AUGGCUUCCCAUCCUCCCCCAGAGGGUGGUUUGAUGUCGCUUUACGCCAACUUGCUUGAUCCGUCUUCAGAUAGUAGUUUCACCCCUGGAACUAUUUCGCGUGCUCCAGCUGUGUUUAAGCAAGCCGGAGAAACCGAAGCACAACAAGACGAUGCAACUUCAAAGAAGCAGCAGAUAAGUUCUGCUUCUCUACGGUUUCAGCCUACCAAAAGGCCUCAGUUGGCUUCCCAUAAAGCUAAAGCUAAAUCCGGAGUUCCCAAGGCUCCUGUAAUUGGAUCCGCGACUGGCACAUCUCCUGCGGUUGGAACUCUUGCGAAACCUGUUGCAAAGACGACGCUUGCAGAUUGGGCUACAACAGCCGACGAUGACGAUGUGAACGGGUUUUAUGACGGAGAAAAACGACAGCGGGGUGGCCGCAAAAAGCGCAAGAAGAAUCGAGAGGAAGAAACAAAUCUCCAGAAUUGGGAUGAUAUUUACGACCCUUCGCGACCAAAUACCUAUGAAGCAUACAGGCACAGUGAGGAAAAAAUACGGGAAGUUCGAGAAUGGAAGGACCGGCUCUAUGCACAUCGGAUGGCUAGAACAAGCAGUGAUACGGAUAGUGAUGAAGACUAUUCGCGAUCUCCAAGAAACCAACGACGAUUUGUACCUCCAGGACUCAACUUUGCUCCUCCUCCAAACCUUAAUGAACCUCGCCCUGCACAGCAGGAUUCGGAGGGUUCAUCAGAACCCGCUCCGGCGCCUUCUGCACCAAUCCCAGAUGAUGCAACUGGGGAAGAUGCAUAUGCUCGACGGCUCCGGCUGAGUCAGAAUAUGUACCCACCACCAGAUACUAACCCGACAAAUAUGCCUAGUCCUUCUGCGCCCCUGCCGUCAUCAUAUCAACCUACUCCUCCUCCAGUCACUCCGUCUGACCAAGUUUUUUCUUCUGCCACCAUAUCUAGAGCCCCAGUCCGGUACACGUUACCUCCAGCUCCUGAAGAGAUUCCUGCAACGGAAGCGGAGCUGGAGGCGACUUUUGCAGAAGAGGAAGAUAGUAAACAAGAAGUAGAUGGAGAAGCGCCCCGAUCCCUUCGACCCGGCCAGAAAGGAUUUGCGGAGAGGCUGCUCACAAAGUAUGGUUGGACCAAGGGGUCCGGUUUGGGCGCCAGUGGGGAAGGAAUAGUCAAACCCUUGCAGGUCAAGCUAGAAAAACAAAAGAAAAAACCGGAUUCUGAGGGCGGAGGCUUUGCAACCCCCGCUGGAAGAGCUAAGAUUAUCGGUGGAAAACAGAAGGCAUCAGAUGAUGGCAAAUUUGGGCGAAUGAGUGAAGUGGUAGUGCUUCACGGCAUGGUUGACGGAAUGGAUCUGGAUGCAGAGCUUGAGGGUGGUGAAGGUGGAGGUUUGAUGCAAGAGAUUGGAGACGAGUGUGCUGAAAAGUAUGGAAGAGUGGAACGAGUCUUCAUCGAUCGCAACGCCACGGGGACAAUUCCCGUAUUUGUAAAGUUUACGAGUCAGCUUUCCGCAUUGCGAGCGGUCAAUGCACUUGAAGGGCGGAUUUUCAACGGAAAUACCAUAACGGCACGGUUUUUCGAUGUCGAAAGAUACCACCACUCCACUUCCUCAGAUCUAGCAAUUCCCAAUCACUCUCAAUCCCUCCUCAACCGGCCACCUCCACGCAAAAGCCAUCUCCCUCUAUCUCCGCCAUUACCCCCUCCUCGUUCCUAUUUGCACCUCUCGUUCUCCACCUCAACCCUCCUUUCCACACCUCUAAAUGUCUCACCCCUCAAAUCCCUACAGCGCGCACACAUCCCAUACAUCGGAAUGCGCACUUCCUCAACCUUUGCGCACGCGGUUCCUGAGCGCAUCGCUGCGUCGCAGGGCAAGUCGUUAUUCUGA